CGAAGUUACCCGAACGGGUCAAUGCUGAAGCAUCGAAAAUUUUGUGGUGAUGUGAGAAAUGGGUGGCUUUUGUUAGCGGAUUUAUAGUUUUAAAAUUCGAUAAAUGUGUUUUAGGACGAUCUCGUGAGUGAUAUAAUAAGGCUAUCGGUGUUCGUGGUGGAUUAGUGGUGGUUAAUGAAGUUCGAGCGUAGAAAACCCAAUUUGUAAGGAGGACCUACGCAGGCCUACCAGCCCCUGUCCGAUAUUUCAUUCGCAAGGGUGUUAGCAAGAAAUGUGAUAAAUGUUAGAAUUUCAUGAACAUCUAUGAAAUAAAUCAGCGCAGAUAGAAAUGAGUGGACGUCCUAGAACUACGUCCUUUGCAGAGGGUAACAAGCAACCUCCCAAUCCUCCAUUAGGGGGCAUGAAAAUAAGUAGUAAGGAUGGCAGUAAGGUGACGACAGUGGUGGCGACUCCAGGGCAAGGUCCCGACCGGCCGCUGGAAGUCUCAUACACAGACACCAAGGUCAUCGGCAACGGCAGCUUCGGAGUUGUCUACCAAGCCAAGCUGUGCGACUCCAGCGAGAUGGUCGCUAUCAAGAAGGUACUCCAGGACAAGAGGUUCAAGAACCGAGAGCUUCAAAUAAUGAGGCGUUUAGAACACUGUAACAUAGUAAAACUUAAAUAUUUCUUCUAUUCAAGUGGAGACAAGAAGGACGAGGUUUAUUUGAACUUAGUGUUGGAAUACAUCCCAGAGACUGUUUAUAAAGUGGCGAGGCAUUAUAGUAAAUCCAAACAGACUAUACCUACUAGUUUUAUAAAGUUGUACAUGUAUCAACUGUUCCGGAGCCUGGCGUACAUCCACUCGUUAGGCAUCUGCCAUCGAGACAUCAAGCCACAGAACCUAUUGCUGGACCCAGAGACAGGUGUACUCAAGCUGUGUGACUUUGGCUCAGCCAAGCAUUUGGUCAAAGGAGAGCCUAACGUGUCAUACAUCUGCUCACGGUACUACCGAGCUCCCGAGCUCAUCUUCGGGGCUAUCGACUACACUACCAAGAUUGACGUGUGGAGUGCGGGCUGUGUGUUGGCUGAGCUGUUGCUAGGACAACCCAUCUUCCCUGGAGACUCAGGUGUGGACCAGCUGGUUGAGAUCAUCAAAGUGCUUGGCACACCUACACGGGAGCAGAUACGCGAGAUGAACCCAAAUUACACAGAGUUCAAGUUCCCUCAGAUAAAGUCACACCCAUGGCAGAAGGUGUUCAGAGCCAGGACACCUGCAGAGGCUAUUGACCUGGUGUCUCGGCUGCUAGAGUACACGCCCUCCUCACGUAUCUCCCCACUGCAAGCCUGCGCCCACAACUUCUUUGACGAGCUGCGCGAACCCAACACCCGGUUGCCCAACGGCCGGCCCCUGCCUCCUCUCUUCAACUUUACAGAGACAGAGUUGAACAUACAGCCUUCACUCAACUCGGUGCUGCUGCCUCGCCACGCCAACACCGCGGAGGGUGGAGGCAGUGGAGGGGGGAGUGGUAGUGCAGAGGGGGCCGGAGGGUCACAGGUACCCUCAGACCCAGCACCUACCCCUGACCCUGCCAGUCAGGCCAGCCAGCCCUCGGCAGACAUGGCUUGAACAUUAUACAAGUGAGGCAGGUGAUGGUGACCAAACCUGGACGGGAAGAGUCGUUCGCUUCAGCUCAUCUUCUCCGACUCGUUACACAAUUGUACAGAUUUUAAAUCUUCUCCGAUUGAGUUAUAUUUUUUGUACCGGCAUUGUUUUCACCAUAUUAAGUUCUUAUUCUUUUUAAAGAAUAGACUAUGUUCGACGUGUAUUUUAUUUAUUUGUAUUAUUUUGGCAUUACAUAAAUUUUAUUUACGGGAUUAUACUGCGUAAUAUUAUUUGUACGACUUUUUUAAUGCCCAACCUUCUUUUGUUAUUUCAUUGUUCUUGUCAAAGUGUGAUUUCUUAGAUGCCUGGCUUGUACUAUUCCUAGACCGUCUAGUUGGUUUAGUUCAUUUCUCAGUCUGAUGAGCUUUACAUGUAUUUCUGUGAUCAUGACAUGCGGUUUUUCUCAAGUGCAAUAGAGUCGAAUUCUACAUUUGUUUUCAUUCAAAACUAGAGGCAUCCUAUUGAUUUUUGUUUUAAAAGCCUUACUGCAAGUACUAAAACGUACAAGAAUUGAACAAACAUUCUGGUAGACUUUUUAUGUCAUAGAUAUUCUUUGAAUUGCAUUAAAAUUGAGUAUUAAUCUUUUAACUUGGUUUUUGAUCCGCCGGGACCAAAAAUGUAACCCUUUAAGUAAUGUAAUUACUUAUUUAAGUUUUGUUAUGUUAUAAAAACCAUUUGAAUUAUAUAUUUAUGCUUUUAAAUUGACAGAUUAUCAGUUUGUUAGUAAGAAACAUUUUUAAAUUUGUGAAUAUUUUAUUAAUAUUUUAGUUAAAAAUAUUUUUAUGGAUUUUUUUGUAAAUAAGGAAGCAGUUUUACCUUUUAUAAAUAGGCAAUAUUAUUAGGGCCUACUGAAAGUAGCUAUUAUGAGUUUUAUUACAUUUAAUUUGUUGUUCAUUUUAUUGUUAGUACAGAUGUAUUUUUUAAGCUUUAAAUUAUCAUCAUUAUUUUUAUUUAAACCCAAGCACGGUUGGAUAUUGCCUUUGAUUUAUAUAUUGUACAGUGUAUUUGUUUAGCAUGCUUAUUAUUGAUUUCAAUUUUUCAAAUGGUAUUUUGUAGUUGUACACAUGAAAAGAUUGUCAUUUGUACAUUUAUUGACGGUAAUAAAAAUAUCCUUCAAUUUGGAUAGAUUGAGGAAUACUCAAAAGUAAUUUGUUGAAAUUCUAGUUAAAAGAUUAAUAUAAGUCACUACUUUAUGAGAUGGGAGUUUGCACAUGGGCAAUGUGAGGGAGAACAGAUAAAUGGUGAAUUUUGACCUCUUCAGAGGUGCUGUAGAUAAUAGGGAUGCUUAUUUGUUGUGCUUUAGCCUCUCCAUCUAUGUUAGAACAAAUUUCUAUAUUAUAUAACGAUACUCGCUAGGGACCUAGUAUAAACCCUACUUAGGCGACACAGAUAUCUGAAAUGCACCGUAGGAUCAUGUUGUGUUCACAUAUCAUAUUGAUUGGCGAAUAAACAACCUAAUGGCUCA